AAAACGCGCCGCGUCUUACUUGACUUGAAUAGUCUUUACGUAAGCAGUGUCUAGUGCGUUACAGUAUUGGUGUGCAUGUCGUGCAAAUAAUAGCAAUGAAGCGGAGCGCUCGUAUUCUAAGUUUGUUAAUAAAAGAUUUACAAAAAUGGGAGACAGCGAAGAUAUACAGAUUGAUUUAUCACAAUACGCUCAAGAUCCAUACCAACUACAAAUCGAAUUUGAUGAUAGUGAUUUAUAUAAAAAAGUGAGGAAUACUAUCUCCAAUCCUAAACCCAAGAAACGUACAACGAAAGUAAAUAAUAAAAUAAUUAAACGGAACCUUGAUCGUCCUCCAUGUUUUGUCAUAAACAACGAAGCAGGCCGAGGUAGUAAGCUGAUAAGAAUUCAAAUAAUCUACAUCAGAGAUGGAGUACCGAAUCAAAACGGGGAAGAUAAUAAUAUAGACAUUACAUGUCUUGAGGGCAUGCAAGAUGAGGAAUUGAAGAUUUUAAUUCCAGAAUCAAAACUCAGAGACCGGAUGAAAUUCAAAAUGGGUCUCAGGAAAUACAAAGACGACAUGCAGACAAUAGCAUCCAUGAGCCCAAUCUCUAGCCAACAUUUAUUGGAAAUUCUCACUGGAAAUGACCAGCCUACAACCACAAAACCAGUCCAAAGGAAUAAAGAUGCUAACCAGAUUGUUUGUAUAGAUAGCCAACGCGGAGCCGCAGCAAAUCCAUCCAUAACACACAUCGCGGAGAAGAUAGACAUGACUCAGCAGCUGAGGGUUGUCUUGGAGCGGAUACCACCCAAAAGAUUAGCACAAUUGAGAUCUGGGGAGCCGAAGGCGAAGUGCUCAAAGUUGACGACUACCACAACAAAGAGAGUUGACUUGAUGUCUGCCAGCCCUGAUGAGGAUUUUCCAAUUGCGCAAAAUAUUCACCAUCAAGUUCAAUCUCCAACCAGUGAACCAGAUGAUGAAUCUGCUUCUGCUGCAACAAGUCCCCAAACAGUCAGUGAUACUGAUGUCUCUGAUAAUGAAGAACAUUCGGUUCCAGAGAGAUCUUUUGAGAAUGCCGACCAGUACGCGUUCACGAUGAACAAUUAUAAAAAGCCGAAGGAGGUUGAAGCGUAA